GAGCUCGAUAUAGUGUCUCAGCUGUGUCGACGUUGCUGGUGUUUGUCUUUUCCUAAGUAUCGAUGCGUAUGGAGACUCAUCAAUGGCGUCUUCCACUUUUGAAUCUUACACGUGUUGAAGUCAGUCCACCAAACGUGUCACCUCGUCGCCAUGCAGCUGUCGUGCGUGACGACGCCCACCUAAACACGUGCGUGACACGUGAUUCUCCACUAAGUGACACUCCAUUUGGUCGUCACCACCGCGGGCAGCGAGGAAGCCAUGUCGGCAGAGAGGGAGGAACACGGCGACCAGAUCCGGCGGACGGAUGAGUGCGGCGACGCGGCGAGGGAGGUGAUCGCCGGCAGCAUGGAGCACCACGGUGCUUCCCUGUCCGAGAUGCUCCGCCGCUCCGGAGGUUCCGGCUCUAACUCGCCUGGGUAUGUCGAGGCAGGCCGCGGAAGGGAGGAGGCGGCGCGGAAGGAGAAGCUACGCCUACGCGGCGUGCACAAGAGGGAGGAACGAGGGAGCACGGUGGGGAAGCACGAGAAGAAGGGGUUCAUGGAGAGGCUGAAGGACAGGUUGCUGGGCCACCAUUAGAGAUGGACUCGUGUGCUGGUUUCGUACGUGGUUGUCGUCGGUGUAUACGUAGCGAUGCAGCGUUCGUACAAUGUAAUCGAAUACGACAUGGUUUAGAUGUGAAUUGUACGUA